GUUGAGUUACGUUGGCUGCCCAUAAAUAAAUAUUGAAAAAAGUGGUAAAACGUGGUUUUUAACUGUUGAAAAAUACUGAAAAACAUAUUUUAAACUGUCCUGCAACUUAAAGCGAUAAGUUGAGUUGUUGGUUUUUAGUCUAAAGGUGGAAAAAUUACAAAUAAAAAUUUUGCGCGUUCACGGUACGCUCAGCGUGGCGUGUGUGUGUAUGUGUGCGUAAAUUUACCUGCUUGCAUUGCUGGUAGUGUAAAGAGAAAGAGAGAAUAAGAGAACUUGAUAGGCAAGAAUAAAUUUCUAUAAUUGCAAAAUAACUGAAUUUUGCAAUAAAAACUCAUUCAAGAAAAGCAAUACACAAUAGUGAAAACAGGUGCAAAAAUGUCGGACGAAACAAGCAUACAGAAACCGGAGACAGAGACGGUGCCCGACCCACCAGCCAAUAUUGAUGAGGAAACUGCGCUCCAACCGGCAGCAGCAGAUGAGAAAAAAACACCCAAACGAACGCCAAAGCGUCGUUCGUUUAUUGAACGUGCUCAGCGGGAGAGUGAGGAACUUGUACGCAACAUGGGCGGCAGUUUAGAACUAGAAGGUGGCCGCCGCACGCGAUCUAGUACGCGUGGAACACCGACACGUGGAGCUGAGACCGUUACACCACCGCCCAGCAAAAAGGCAAGAACGUCUCCAGCGGUUGCUAAGAGCGGUGGACGAGGUCGAGGUGCACGAAAAUUGGAUGUUGGUGGGGAGGAGCCGGUGGCCCAAGAAUCUGAGCAGUCCAAGGCGGAGCAAACCGAAGAGGAGCAGGAAUCCAAGACGGCAAAGGCCGAUGAAACUAAAGAUGAAGAGCCCGCUCAAAAUGAGGACAAAAAAGAAGAAACCAAGGCCAGUGAUGAAUCAUCUACAGAUCAACCAGAUGCGGUGAAAGAGCCGGCUGUGGUGGCGGAGAAGGAGCAACAAAACAACAUUGACCAUGGAAAAGCAAAUGUAGUCGAUUCGGAAACAAAUGAGCCCAAAGCAGAGGAGGUGGCAGCCAUUAAAGAAUCACCUAAAGAUGCUGAAUCUUCUGCUGAAGAUGCUGUCAAAAUGGAUGUAGACACUGAGAAACCCGUUCAACAAGAGCAAACGAAAGCUGACUCUGCUUCCUCAACAACGGACAAAGCAGCCGAACCAGAAAUAUUAAAAGCUGAAGAGAAGAAACCCGAAGAAAAGAAGAGUGCAGCUGAAGUCGUGAAACGUGCUCCUGUUUCUACUAAGGAACCAACACCCGAACCAAUGGAUGUUGAUGCGAGUUCCCAGAGUACCACUGAUGCUGUUAAUGCCAUACCCGCCGAUGAGUGUCCUCCAGUGGUGGUAGCUGCAGACCCAGAUUCUGUACCAAGUCUAAGCGCAGCCGAUAAAAUAGCCGAAGCAGUCAAAGAGGACUCACAGACCGACCCAACUGAUUCCAAUGCCACCGCCGUAGAUAGCACACCAAACCCAGCAGCGAACAACGCGCUGAAUACCGCCGUCGCAAACGCCUCCAGCAACGACAUAAGCAAGCAGGCGCCAAUUGCCGAUGUCAAUGCUGUGGCUGUGGAGCCGGCCGAAUCAGUGGCCGCUAUUAAAGAACCGCUUAUCAACAGUGAACCUAAUAAAAAUGAGCAAAAUGACAAUGGCGAGCCCAAAAUUGUGAACAGUACAACCGAGGAUGGUGACAAUCAUGCAACGCCGCAGGCCUGCAAUUAGGUAGCAUGAUGAAAAUCAUAACUAAUUUGCGUGUCGGGUGUGUACAAAUAUAUGUAUAUCUCUUACUAGAUUCGACGCAGGCAAAACGCAAACAUUUAGAAUAUCCGUAAUUAGGACGUCACUUUGAUACACCCAAACACAUACCCACUAUUCUAAUCAUUUUCAAAAACUAGCCUACCCCAGUACUUUGCCACGAAUGUUUGAAAUCCUUAGUACUUCGUUUACAAUCAAUUGAACACUGCGUCUUCCAGUCCUUGGUUGAGAACGGUUGCUUCAGCUUCAGUAAGCUGAAGCUUUGUGCGUAGAUCAAUACACUGAGCGCAACAAAAUCAGACAAAAAAAAAACAACAAUAACAACACCAACAAGAAAAGCACUUACGCACUAAUACGCUCAUGCUACCACCCACCCACACACAACCGAACACAUUGUUAAAUGCAUCUUACUAUUAAUAAUAUGUAUAUGUAUUUAUGUGUACACUAAACUAAAUUGGAGACACAAAUACAUUUACAAGAAUGUAUGUAAAAUAGAUGUUUUUAAACUUUAAGCAAGUCUAAUUUUAAUAAUUUACCAAUCUGGACAUAACUCAAAAACUGAAGAAAAGAUUUUAUCAUCAUACAAAUUACAAGAAAUAAGAAACCCGCUUAAGCAGCCCAUCCACAUGCGAAUUAGUUCGUCGACUUUGUUCGGUUCGACUAAAUGUAAAUCGUUAGUGGAGGUGUUUGCGACAGAUUUUAGUGUUCGAUAAUAAUAUAUAAAUACUAAAAUUAAAACCCCCUUUAUUUUUUGUUUCUACAAAUCUUCUUGAUUUCCCUUAAAUGCUUCGAAGUUAAAAACAAAAUGCCAAUUUGAAGCAUUUUAGAUUUAAAUGUUUUACUAUAUGUAAUUUAAACUGGACCGAUCGAUUAUGAAAGCUAUUAUUCACCGUAUUUGUCGUCGAUCAAUAUCAUCGUAUAGAGCAGCAAUUGUAUUCCGCAUGCAAUUCGCAUGGAUUUAAAAGAAACUAUUGUAUCAACGUGGAGAUCGAUUGAAAACGAUCGAAACGGGAUGAGUUCAUAGUAAUUCGUAAUUUUUUUUCAAUGAAAAACACGAGCAAAUAAAACAACAAAACAAAAGCGAGAACAUUUUGGACAAUUUGUAACUGAAAAAUAGUAGUGAGAACCGUUUUGUACGUAGCUGGAUACCUUCUAUGUAAGAAAUUCUUCAUUUAAAUAUUCUUUUGUAAAUAAAACUUUUAAAAAUACAAAA